AUGUCGCGCUCGCUCUUCCUCAAGCCAGGCGGCAUUGGCAAGCAUAUCCCCAUCGAUGGGAGCUGGUUCAUGCCAAAUGUGCAGCGCAGUGGUCUGCAAGAGUAUCGCCACAAGCGCAUCCCGAAUGCUCGCUUCUUUGACCUCGACACCAUCUGUGACAAGGAGUCACCCUUUCCGCACAUGCUGCCGUCUGCAAUGGUCUUCUCGAGGGAGAUGGGCAAGCUGGGUCUGACGCGGAACGAUGCACUCGUCAUUUACGACACGCACGGCCUGUUUAGUGCACCGAGGGUGUACUGGACUUUACAGGUCUUUGGGCACAAGGGAGAUGUCAAGAUGCUCGAAGGUGGACUGCCUGCCUAUGAAGCUGCAGGUCUGCCCUUAGAAGAGGGCGAGCCAGCGUUUCAGGGGAGGAGCUAUGGCGACGCGGUCUACCAUGCUGAGCGCGUCCUUGGCUUUGAGGACUUGAUACAAGGCAUCAAGGCAAAGGAUGUCGAGAUUGUGGAUGCACGACCAGCAGCGCGCUUCACAGGGGAGGCACCUGAGCCACGCGCGGGGCUGUCGUCUGGGCACAUGCCUGGCGCCAAGUCUCUGCCAUUCAACAAGCUCAUUAGGGACGGUGCACUGCUUCCCGCAGAGGAGUUGAGGCAGGCGCUGGCACAGGCUGAUGUCGACCUGAGGAAGAGGGUGGUGCUGACCUGUGGAACUGGGGUGACUGCGUGUGUGCUGCAGGCUGCGCUCGAGUCGCUGGGAGUGGAGGAUGCGGUGGUCUAUGACGAGAGCUGGACGGGGUACGCGGACGAGCGACGCGCAGGUAGGCUGGCGGGCAUGGUGGUCAAGGAUUGGAGAGAAUGA